GCUGUGCCGUGGGCGCGGGCGGCCCGGGCUCCUGUGCGGCUCCGCUCCCGCCUGGGCCGCGGCCGCGCGCCCUCCCUUCGGGGAGGAGGAAGAGGAGGAAGGAGGAGCGGCUUGAGGAAGGCCGAGGGCGGCAGUCGCGCCGCGGCGGGGGAGGAAGCGGAGCCGGCGGCCGCGGGGGUUUCAUUGUGUAUGGGGAAUGGUAGUAUGCUCGUCAGAUUUUUGUCAACUGGACACAAGCUACAGUUAUUUGGGAAGAGGAACUCUACAUUGAGAAAAUGCCUCCAUAAGGUUUGCCUGUAGACAUUGUGAAGCUGGCCUGCUGCAGAUGUGAGGUCCCAGAGUACAAGAUGUCAGCAACUGCCCUGCCUUUCUGGGGCAUUUGGGAGCGGAUGACCCAUAGAAAAUAGCUCCAGAGGUUAAAUGAAACUGGGCAGAGUUCAUCCAUGAGGCUUCAUAGUUCCUGCCAAUGUUUGGGGAUAGCUGCUCCAGAGAGAAAUUGACCCGUUAGGAUUAGGUAGCUAGUCACAAUGAAGAAAAUUAGUCUGAAAACCUUCCGGAAAUCUUUCAACCUGAGUAAAAGCAAAGACGAAACCGAGUUCAUGGUGGUUCAGCCCCAGACCCUCGCUGGCGACUUUGUGAAAGAUGACUCUUUAUUUGGGAGCUGCUAUGGCAAGGACAUGGCCAGCUGCGACAUUGGCGGUGAGGAUGAGAAAGGGAAGAACAGGUCCAAAAGCGAGAGCCUGAUGGGCACCUUGAAGAGGCGGCUGUCUGCCAAGCAGAAGGGCAAGGGCAAGGGCGGCACUGCGCCCACAGAUGAGGAUACCUUUUCCUCUGCUUCAGCGCCUGGUGGCCUCAAGGAUGUGCGUGCCCCACGGCCCAUCCGUUCCACAUCACUGCGCAGUCACCACUACAGCCCCACACCCUGGCCGCUGAGGCCCACCAGCUCAGAGGAAACAUGCAUCAAGAUGGAGAUGCGGGUGAAGGCACUGGUGCAUGCUGCCAGCCCUGGCCCAGUCAAUGGUGUGCGCAAGGAGCUGCGGGAGUUGCAGCCCAAAGAGCUGCGGGACCUGCAACCUAGGGAGCUGCUGCAGUCCAGGGAGCUGCUGCAGUCCAGGGAGCUGCGUGACCAGCAGCCGGAGCCACGCCCUGAGUCCCACUGCAGCCCUGGUUCACCCGGGGACCUGCGCCUCCAUCUGGAGGAACACGUGCCUGUAGUUAUUGGACUCAUGUCUCAGGACUACCUUCAGUACACCGUGCCUUUAGAAGACGGGAUGUGCCCUCUGGAAGGGCCGCGCAGCUGCUGCCUGGACACGUCCUCACCCAUGGAAGUGUCAGCUGUGCCCCUACCCGGGGCGAGCGCCUUCUCCGAAGACGACAGUCAGGUGGACCAGGACCUGGUUGUAGCCCCAGAGAUCCUUGUAGAUUCUUCGGUGAACAACUUGUUGAUUGCCACCACAGGAGUCAUGUUGCAGAGCCCUAGAGCAGGUCAUGACGAUGCCCCUCCCCUCUCACCAUUGCUACCUCCAAUGCAGAAUAACCCAAUCCAAAGGAACUUCAGUGGCCUCUCGGGCCCGGAUGUGCACAUGGCUGAAAGUGUGCGCUGUCAUUUGAAUUUUGAUCCCAACUCUGCACCUGGGGUUGCCAGAGUUUAUGACUCAGUGCAGAGCAGUGGUCCCAUGGUUGUGACAAGUCUAACGGAGGAGCUGAAGAAGCUUGCAAAACAGGGGUGGUACUGGGGUCCCAUCACCCGCUGGGAGGCAGAGGGGAAACUGGCAAAUGUGCCAGAUGGUUCUUUUCUUGUUCGGGAUAGUUCUGAUGACCGUUACCUUUUAAGCCUGAGCUUUCGCUCCCAUGGUAAAACACUUCACACUAGAAUUGAGCACUCAAAUGGUAGGUUCAGCUUCUAUGAGCAGCCAGAUGUAGAAGGGCAUACGUCUAUAGUUGACUUAAUCGAGCAUUCAAUCAGGGACUCUGAAAAUGGAGCAUUUUGUUAUUCAAGGUCUCGGUUGCCUGGAUCUGCGACUUACCCGGUCAGACUGACUAAUCCAGUGUCCCGGUUCAUGCAGGUGCGCUCUCUGCAGUACCUGUGCCGCUUUGUUAUACGUCAGUACACCAGAAUAGACUUGAUUCAGAAACUGCCUUUGCCAAACAAAAUGAAGGAUUAUCUGCAGGAGAAGCACUACUGAAAGAUGGGGAGCCCUGCUUCUUGCACUUCGGGGUUCAGAAACAAGACUGGAGUACAGUUUACAGACUUACAUCGCCAUUGAAGUCUUUGCUGCCAUAACUAUUUUAGUUUUUACGUGUGAAAGAGUCAUCAGUUUGUCCAGGGGUGGGGAAGUGUCUGCAAGGUGUCUUGAGUUUAUUUUGAUUCUUUGGAAAGGGAUGUCUUGAGGAUCUAGAAGUGUGAGUUAUCUUUCUCUAAUGUGCAGAAUAAUCACAAUGUGAAUGACCAGAUUCUCCUUAACCCCCUCCCCCGUCCUUUGCUGCUAUCCACUGUGAUUCUUAUGCAUUAAAGCACAUUUCAUGUGUAUUUAACCCUAAGUAAAGUUGAAUGAAAUGUAAAGAAUAAAAAUUGUUAUGACGUUACCCCAGUUGAAUAAAUGUGUGGGAUAAAACAUAUCUACAAUACACUGAAAAAUGAUUUCUAAGUCUCACACUUUAAAAAAGGCUUAUUCAGAAUUGUGAAUUGACACAACCGUGUUUAAUGGAAUGCAAAUCUGCAACAUAUCUGUACAACACUUUUCUAAAUUAUUUUUUAAGGAUGUGAUAAUUGUUUUGGUUGUGAGAAGUUGAAUUUCUUUCUCUUGCCUUCAUUUUCAUCUUGUGAUUUGUCUCUUUUGAUAAAUGGCCUUACAUUAAAAAUUGUAAACAAAUAUA